AUGGCACUAAGAGCUGAUAUGGUGCCAAUGGUGGAGAUGUUUGUGAAGUAUAAAACCACUAUCAAAACCCCCGGCAUAGAUGGAGUCUUGAAGAUGAGCCUGGAUGAAUUCGAAUUCGUUCCCAUUGAUCCCACUUCGAGUUCUCGAUUCCGGUCUCCUUUUAAAUCAAUUCAAAGCCAUAGAUGCUCCAAUGAAGGACCAAAUAACCCUGCUUUGCUAAAUUUGAUCAAGAAUAAAGGAUGUGGUGGAUAUAUUUUUGAAUUCGAGUCAUUCAGAUCCAGGGAUAUAUGUCGAGAGUUCGUCUGUAAGCAUAUAGGUAUUCCCAAAAAGAGUUGUCAAGUAUCUGCUAUUGGGAAAGCGGGUCAUUCUCAAGAAUUGAGUCUUACAAGAAAGAGAAAGCAGCAAGUGGGAUUAACAAGUUCUUUGAUUUCGCACAGAAUUAACCCGGUAACUGAUGGUCUGACAAACAAAGUCUCAUUCAAAUUGACACCAGAAAUCAUACAUCAGAUCUUUGCUGAGAAACCAGCAGUUUGUCAGGCAUUUCUUACCAAUGUACCACACAAGAUCUCAGAGAAAGACUUCUGGGCUAAGUUCUGCAGAGCUGAAUAUCUUCUUUGUACCAAAAAUGUCCAAGUUGCUGCUGCAGAAGCAGCUGAUGAUGAGGAGCUUGCUAUUUUCUUCAAACAGGAUGAUAUACUUACUAAUGAAGCGCUUAAUAAGAUCAGAAAGGUGGAUGCUACAAUAGACUUAUAUGCUGAUCAAGCAGAUCACGGACGUACUCGUGAUGGUAACACGGAAUACUAUGACCAUACUGACUUAUACAAAAGGAAUAUUUUACAAGAGAUCAAUCGCCAUGGGGCAGUUGUACUAAAAGGCACCCCUAAAGAUUUAAAGGUAGGAGACACACUGAGUGUGGCGAAGGGACUUGCAAGAAUUCAACAAGUGCAAUUAAUUGAUCAUGAAGCAUCAGAAGAGCGGAAGAAUAGAAUUUCCAGAAUGACAGAGAUUGAGGAUCUUCGAGCACAUGAUGAACCUCUACUAGCACUACUUGGUAUUGACAACCAUAGAGACUAUUUCUGCCAACAACAAGCUAAUGCAUUCAGAACUAGUCACAGCUACACACAGGAAGCUUAUUCUUGUAUCAAGGAAUCGAUUUCUCACAUUAAAUCUGUAGGAUUAUAUGAUUCUAUGAUCAAGUCUGAACUUGCCAUAAAGGUAAUGCAGACAACAGAGUAA